CUCUACGAAUUGCCCUAAUUUUAGUUGUGCAACCGCAACGACCUCCGUCUCUCUCUACUCUCUAGUCUCUACUUAUCGUGCCUUUGCGGGUGAACUUGAAUCGAGCUGAAGAAAGAAGAGGGGGAGGACUUCGAAAGAAGAAUCCCAGGCCUCGCUUGAAUCGGGCAGCUCCUUCGCCUUUGCGGUUUCGAUUGGGUGACCAGUGACAACCUUUCUGCAAGUGCUUGGGGCAGGCAUAGGACAGAGCUUCAAAGCAGUCACCAACUCAGAUAGAUAGAAGCAAGUAUUACACCACUACAAUCAUUUUCAACAACCUGAUCAUCUCCCAAAGUUUUAAACCAGUAUGGGUAAAAAGAAGUUCUUUGACAAGAAGAAAUCCGCCACCUUCCAACUACUCGCUCGUGACUCCUCCGAUCCCUAUUAUGAUAAUACACCUGGUAGUGACCGAGUAUUUGUUCGAGUUGACAACAACCCCUACUCUGCUGAUACCUUUGAUGAAAGCAUGGAGAAUUUAUCUGGUGAGGAGAAUCCUGAUUCAAAAUUUGCUGACGCACCUGAUGAUGCCAGUGAUGAUGAAGGUGGUCAUGCUUUUGCCAGUUCGCUGCCCUCUAAAGGGAGCAUUGGUGUGGAAGCAGUAGGCAAAGCAGCUCCUUUGCCAGAGCAUAUAAGAAGGGAGAUUUUGGAGCUAGGAUUUCCUGAUGAUGGCUAUAAUUACUUAACUCACUUGAGGGAGAUUAAGAAUACUGGUGGUGGCUCUAUGUUUUAUAAUAAUCCGAAGCCAAAGCUUGAUCAGCUACCGGGGGAUGUCAGGGCCUAUGAUGCAUCAAGGGUGCUGGUUUCUGAAGCAAGGGAUGAUUCUGUUGAACAGUCUAUUUACAGUGUAGCAUCAAAGACAGUUGGUGUGAGGGUUAAGAAAGCAAUUGACCCUGAUGUGGCUGCAUUGCUUGAUGAUAGUGACUUAUCUCGAUUUGGUUCUGAUGUUGAGGAUUUGGAAGAGGAUUUUGUUAUUCAUGCAAACCUUACUGAAGGAGGGCUGGGAAUAGUCGAUGAUAAUAAGUUGGAUUUGGUUGGGAAAAGUAGGAUGGAUGAAGUGAUCAAUGAAUCUAGUGCCUCUGGACAUCCUCAGAAUGCAUUGCACUCUGUUAGUGAUGAUGAAGUCAGGAAUCGUGUUGUGGAAACUGCUCAUGAUUGUGCAGGUAAGGAAGCACGAGCUCGUCGUGUUCUAGAUGAGCAAUUUGAUUUACUUGAACAUCAAGAAUAUGGACUUGAUGAUGAAGAUGACAAUGGUUAUGGAAACUACAUAGAUGAAGAUGAAUCUCUUGCAGACAAGCUCAAACAUGCUCUAAAUAAGCAUAAAAUCGAUGACUUGGAACUUGAGGAGGGAUAUAAAGCUCCUGCAGAUAUAUUACGUGGUAAUCAGAGUCCAAAAGGCAAAAAGAUGUUAGACUCUGCAGCUGUCCUUAGUCGUUGCGUAGAAUAUGCUGAAAAGUAUCAGAAUGGCGACGAAGAUGAGCAGAUGGAAUUAGUGGAGGAAAGUAGUGAUGAAUCAGAACAGUGGGAUUGUGAGAGUAUUGUUUCCACAUAUUCAAAUCUUGAUAACCACCCUGGAAAAAUUGAGGCUCCUGAAAUGGCUAGAAAGAAGAAGUUAGCUCAAACUAUCUCUGGAACCUUGAGUUCCUCCAAUCAUGUUAUAUCUCUCCGAGGAAAGGAGAAGCUCCCUGUUGAGUUUCUGCCUCAGACAAGAAAACACGGCACAGAAAAGGUGAAGGGCACUGGCAACCUAAAAGCUGAAGUGCACAGGAGGGAACGAGCCCAGGAAUCAAAGGAUGAGAAGAAAGAACGGAAGGCUGCUGUAAAGGAGGAAAGGCGUGAAGCACGGCGUACGAAGAAAGAAAUGAAGGGGCUGUACCACUGUGAAGCACAGCGUGCUCAGAGAGUUGCUGCCUUCUCUGGACCAUCUUCCAUUCAUUUAAUGUAGAGGGCCGAUGCUUGAGGGGUGAAAGCUGCAUUUGCCUGAAGUAAACAUGCGCAGUUCUGUAUUGAAGAACAGGAUUUUUGUUUCUAUCAUAUUUUUAUUUUGAAUUUCUGAAUUUGCUCUUUCAUGGAUUUUGUAGACAGUAAUCCUUUUUUUCUUGUCAACUAUUUUCCUCAUGCUUGUAUGCUCUUGAACAGAGUCAGAUAAUAACUUUCAUCUAGAGUUUGUGACUGUUACAAUCCUUCCUUUUGCCUGUACUGCAGUUUUGA